AAGAACAAUAGUCCACCACUCCCUCCAAUAUAACGUAUAGCUUUACUUUCACGCCUCUUCCCGUCAUCUACUCUCUCCUAACCAGAAUCCUCAAACAUUAUAUGGGUCUCAGUUAAUCACCCCCAUCCCGCUUCAGGUGUGUGUCAUUAGUCCUAUCCACAUUUAAUUAGGAAGACUGGAGCUCGGUGGGUCUGGGCUAUUCCUCCACCUCCUGGCCACAGAGUGUCCCUCCAUGGUGACCUGGGACCAUAUGUCACACUAUUCAUUAACAUGACCCACUUUUUAACCCCAGGAUGAACCCCAGAAUGAGUGAGGGCCAGAACAGAAGAUCAGGAGAACCAAGGAAUAAAGAAAGUCUGAGCGUUCUCCCCAGAGAGCUCUCUUCUCAAAUGAUGAAGCACAGUGAUAUUUAGUAGGUGUCUACUGUGCAUUGUGCUGUGGAACAGAUGUGUAACUUGUCUUAUUGUUAAACUGCUACGCUUCUUGAAACUGCAUCCAAGACUUUCACCCACUGGUGCACUUGUGUACAUGGUUGAGUGACAAAACUGAUUGGUUUGAUCUGAUUGUUUUAAUGGAGUUGAUGACAGUUAUUAAGAUGCAAAAAAAGAAAUGUCACUGAGUCAGCCCUGUUCAAUCACUUUAUUCACUUUCUGCCUUAUCUCCAAUCACUGAGUUGUCAUCUCUUCCAUGUAGUUAAGAUUAUUUUUAUGUAAAAAAAACCCUUAAGAUUUAAGAAUGGUUUAUUGUUAGAUGAAAAUUAUUUGGAAUGCAAGCAUCAAAAAUGUUUCUUUAUUUUUGUGUUUUUUGGGGGUAGAAGAUAUGUUGAUUCAGUCUGGGAUUUGAAACCAAGUUAACAUAAUCGUAGCCUACAUAUUCAAUAUUGACUAUUCAAAUAUUUUAACGGAUGUGGGCUGAGCAUUUCAAUAUGUUAUUCCAAUGACUGUUCACCCUGCGUCUCAUUUUAGUGUUUAGUUUAAGUUUGUCUCCCUCUACAGGAUGAGAUAGUGGUCAAUAGGCCCAAGUGUGACUUCCUGGGUGCAAAAAGCUUUUCUUGCAGAUUAGUUCUUGGGAUCCUGAUUUCUUUCCACAUUUGUUAAUUUUUUGUACUAGUCUUUUAAUCUAGAACAUGAAAACUGACUAAAAUAUUAAAAAAUACAUUUUUGGUUUUCAACUACAACAAUUGUGGACAUUCCACUUCUUGAGACCCAACAAUGACAUGGCACGUCCAAACAUUAUGUAUGAGAGCAGGAAACCCUUUAGUCAGCUACCAACAGGAAACAGUUGAAAAUGGCACACAAUGGUAAUUUCACGUUGAUUCAUCCAGUACACAUCCAGUACACAUGCUUUAGUUAGCUGAACAGCGAGUCAGCAGAACCUCCUCUCUGCCCAGGUGUCCAAGCUCCUGCCUGAGAGGUUUGCUCCUGCCUGAGAGGCAUGUUCUUCAGAAGAUUUGAUCAUUUAGAAAGGGGGCCUUGCUUGUGUUGAUCAAAUGAAAUAAAAAGUUUUGCAAACAACAUGGUAGUCAUCAAUCCGUCAAAAACGUUAUUUUGACUGUAAUGCAGGAUAACUCAUCGGCCUAAGAGUGGAUUUAAAUGUUGUCUCUCUGAAAAAACUAUAAGGCUAUUUGUUUUAGUGAAUGAUUAGUAAAUGAUUUGUGAAUAUAUCAUUGUCAUGACUUUACCUGGUGAGGCACAUUAUUAUUAACAAAUGAUGAAGUACCGUCUCUAUGAGCUCAUGAUUGUUUAAUAUUGGUGCUGGACAGACCACAGACCAUCCACACUACGGUAGUUCCGUGGAACAGUUGCACAGUUACUAAUAGGUCAGAUAUAGCUGCUGAAGGAGGGGUAAUUCAAGUAGUGCUGCAAGCAAAUAUCAGAGCACCAAAAACUUAAAUGGCGGUAUCCGUUCACUUGUUCUCCAUGUUCUGCUUAAACCCUGUAGUUCCCGAUUCAUCUCGUACUCCUAAAGUGUCUCAGUCCAGUUGCAGAUGUCUGGAAGCUCAUAAUGCACCAUUAUUGAAAAGUGUUAACAAAGAAGUGUAAAGGAAUGACAUCUCUACUGCUAAUCAAUGCUGCUACAACAAUCAAUAUCUCAAGUAUAUAAAAUGUGUAAUGCUUCAUACUAAAACAUAUAUCCAAAUGUGAUCAAUUGCUUUAAUUAAGAACAGAUGAACUUCUGCAACAGGAUGCUUCUAAGUCCGUGGAGAGUAACCCAUGUCAUGUUGAAUGUAACGUUUGGUGUGAGACGGAAUGCUGAAGAUCAGCAUGCUGACUGGGGAGGCUGAAUGGUGGAGCCCAGAGAUGGGGGUGAGCACAAGGGAGCCUCUCAGCUCAUGGGAGUAAAAGUGUCAACAUGAGAGAUAAGGUGAUGCUUUGGGCUGUGGAGGAUGCAGCUCUCUGCUCUUGAAAGUCCAGACCAUCUAGUCUGUCCCACCUUUGGAUGUACAGCCAACCCUUGGAUGCCCCGUUCCCUUGGAGACUCAGCAACCAACUUCCCCUUUCUCUCUGAUCAUCAGGACCUUAGGAUGGUCAGCUCCCUUAAGCAAGACUUUUCUCACAAAGGCCUUUGUCUAUUUUACUCUAUGAAGGGAGACUGGUAAUGUAAAUCUUGAUCUUUAGACGAAACUCGAACGUGAAGAACACCGCUGUCACCAGUGUAAACCUUGAUCUCUCCGAGAAUAGGUUCUUGGUGUAGUAGACGUAUAAAGAAUCACGGACACACGAGUUCGAACUGAGAAGACUUUUACUCAAACUCCAGCCACAACGAAUAACUCUCAUUUUCCUUGCUUUCUCGUAUCUCCCCCCCAAUUUCCCGACAAGCAUUAUGGGUAUUACAGUUCUUACAGUAACAUUAACUGUAUCGCCGAUCUACAUUGAGACACCAUGGUGUGUUGUGUUUGUUGUUUGAUUGCAUCAUUUCUUCUCAAUAAACUACAAAGAACUUGGUCUGGCAUUUAACCUGGUAUUCUUCUCCUCCUGAUUUGAACCUCAACAGAAGCCCUAACCACGUAGCCUAACCAAAAACAGGCCAAACUCAAAUACCCUAUCUAGCGCUCGUUCCUAACAUAAAGUGUUUCCAGAGAUAAAUCGCUUCGUGAUUGCAAUGUAGCCUAUCAUGGGCAGCUUACCUUUCCCUUCGUCACUGGGUGAGGAACCAAACGAAACUAAAAUCACUAUACCUACCGAGUAAAGACCACUAAAAAUCAACAAAGGACAGAUCGUAGCCAACUGGGAAACUGGACAAAUACGAAAGUUUCCAUUCACGCGGAACAACAGAACAAACACGGUAUGUGUAAACAAGCGGAAGACAGGUGAAGCCUGAAUGGGAGACGGACAGACAUCUGAUUGGACGAAUACAUUCGCGUUGUGACAAUGACUGGGGUUUGACAAGCCAAUCACAAAGGGACACUUUAAGCACGGCGUGACAGGAGGAGCAAAACAAUUGCUGCCUUCCUGUUUUUGUUUCUGAGAAGAGGCUGCACCUUUUUCGAUUAGAUCGGGACUUGGAGCAUGGCAGUCGGCUAUCCGAUCUCCUCUUCCUAUGUGGCAUGACGAAGGCAUGCCCCAGCUGUCUCAGAAUCACAAAUAUUGCGGCUGACAUCGGUUGUGAUGCACUGGAAACGCUUCUGCCAGUACUCAACCAAUCCAAAAGGUUCAGCGCUGUAAAUUCCUACAUAUGGAUGAAACGGGCCUGUGGUUGAAAUGCUCGCUUGCGAGUUGGGGGUCAUGGUGUUUCCCAGCACACAGUGUUGUUUAGAGAGUUGUUCAAAGGUGUUCAACGACCCAAUAUAUGGGCUUGUGCCAAUGCACCCUUUGCUGGUCCGCAUCAUUGACACACCCCAGUUCCAGAGGCUUCGCUACAUCAAGCAGCUUGGAGGGGUCUGCUACGUCUAUCCUGGGGCGUCCCACACCCGCUUUGAACACUCCAUAGGAGUGAGUCACCUGGCAGAAAAACUGGUCCAGGAGCUGAAUGAGCGGCAGCCAGAACUUCAAAUCACUUGCAGAGACAUGCUCUGUGUGCAGAUCGCUGGCCUCUGCCACGACCUGGGACAUGGCCCUUUCUCCCAUUUGUUUGAUAAGAUGUUUAUCCCCAAAGUCUCUAGAGGAAGGAAAUGGAAGCACGAGGAUGCGUCCGUGGCCAUGUUUGACCACCUUGUUGACCAAAAUGAAUUGAAGAAUUUGAUGGAGCAGCAUGGUCUGGUCCUGCCUGAAGACUUGGACUUCAUCAGGGAACAAAUUGCUGGACCGAUUGACAAAACUCCUGGGAAGUGGCCUUACGAAGGCAGACCAGUGGAGAAGUCCUUUCUUUAUGAAAUCAUAGCCAAUAAGAGAAACGGUGUUGAUGUUGAUAAAUGGGACUACUUUGCCAGGGACUCCUACUACCUAGGUCUUCAGAGUAACUUUGACCAUGUCCGCUAUAUCAACUUUGCCCGAGUCUGCGAGGUGGAUGGGGAGUCUCAGAUCUGUACUAGAGACAAGGAAGUGGACAACCUGUAUGACAUGUUCCACACCAGAUUCAGCCUCCACAGACGAGCCUACCAGCACAGAGUGGUCAAUCUCAUUGAACUCAUGAUUGCAGACGCCCUUGUUAAAGCAAACGAACACAUCAAGAUUGAAGGCUCUGGGGGGGAAAUGUUCAGAAUGUCAGAGGCCAUAGAUGACAUGGAGGCCUACUCUAAACUCACAGACCAUGUGUUUGAGCAGAUCCUCCACUCCUCCUCUCCUGAGCUGGCUGAGGCAAGACAGAUUCUAGAGAACAUCACCUGCCGACGUCUCUACAAGUUUGUUGCCGACUCUCGAAGGGAGGUCUCACAGGUCCAGUUCGAGGACUGGGCACGUGAAGUGGCAAGACGCAUGAACCUAGAUGCAAAUGACUUUGUACGCAGCGUCAUCAGAAUCGAUUAUGGGAUGAAGGAGGACGACCCCAUUGACCAAAUGCGCUUCUACAGUAAGAAGGACCCUACCAAAGCUUUCAAAAUAUCCAAAAACCAGGUGUUCUUCCUCAAGCCCAAGAGCUUUUCACAGCAUCAGAUCAGGAUCUACUAUAAGAAGGAGACUGAUGAAGAGACUAUAAAGGCCAUUAACGAUGACUGGAGCCGCAACUUCCCCAAACCACAGGAUGAACCCCAGAAUGAGUGCUGACAAGAACAGAAGAUCUGGUGUUAUUCCAGAAAGUGGGUUCAACAAACUGUGAACCUAAUCCUGAACUUGGAGUUGAUACCCUAAUAUGGGAAACUUUCAGAAAAGCUGAUUUUAAUUAGGUAAAUCAACUCUGAGUACGUCCACUCAGAGUUAAGUGCGGGCAUGAGAACUAUUAAAAGCCAACAUCAAUGGAACUCAGGUACUAUGAUCCACCAUGGCACCUGAAGACAAAAAACAUUGUCCUACUGGUGCAGGAUACGUGUUUAUUGUGAAUCUGAGCACAUAUUCUGGAAAAAAGCAACGCGACUGUCACAACAUAGGAGACACAAUUGGUGUGGGAAACAAUUGCUGGCCGAGUCAAUGCAUACCUUUGAAUGCAAUAGCAGUUCAUACAUUCUGGGUCAGAUGGCUGAGUGGUUAGGGUGUCGGGCUAUUAAUCAGGAGGUUGGUGGUUUGAUUCCCGACCGUGCCAAUUGACGAUGUGUCCUUGGGCAAGGCACUUCACCCUACUUGCCUCGGGGAGAAUGUCCCUGUACUUACUGUAAGUCGCUCUGGAUACGAUCGUCUGCUAAAUGACUAAAUGUAAAUGUAUAUAUACAUUGAACUACACUGUCCGUUAAUAUUACAGGUGAAAAAGUGGUGGACUUAAUUAAAUAGCAUGUAGGUGUGUAACUUUUUGUCAUUGUUAAACUGCUGUGUCUUGGAACUGCACCCAAGACUUUCACCCACUGGUGCACUUGUGUACAUGGUUGAAUGACAGAACAGAUUUGAUUUGUUUUAAUGGAGAUGAUAAAAUGAUGAAGUUAAAAAGUCAGCCCUUUUCAAACGUUAUUCACUUUCUGCCGUUUCUCCAACAUUGAGUUGUCAUCUCUUUCAUGUAGUUAAGAUGGUUUUUAUGUAAAAAAAAAAAACCAAGAUUUAAGACUGGUUUAUUGUUAGAUGAAAAUAAAUUGGAACGCAAGCAUCAAAAGUUUUUCUUUAUUUGUGUGUUUUUUGGGGGGGUAGAAGACAUGUUGAUUCUGUCUGGGAUUUGAAACCACGUUAUCAUGAUUGUAACCUACAUAUUUAACAUUGACUAUUCAAAUAUUUUUUUGGAUGUGGUAGUGGGCUGAGCCUUGUUAUUGAGCCAUCAUGUUAUUCCACUGUUUGACUGUUUACCCUGCGUGUUAUUUUAGUGUUUGGUUUAAGUUUGUCUCCCUCUACAGGAUGAGAUAAUGGCCAAUAGGCCCAAGUGUGACUUCCUGAGUGCUAAAAGCUUUUCUUGCCGAUUAGUUCUUGGGAUCCUGAUUUCUUUCCACAUUUGUUCAUUUUUCUGUACCUGUCUUUUAAUCUGGAACAUGAAAAUGGAAUAAAAUAUUAAAAAUACAUUUUUGAUUUCAACUACAA